UAUAAGAUUAACGCACGGAGUUCCUCGAAGAUUUCGAAAGAAAAUUUUAGCACAAAAUACGAGUGUAAGUGUUUUUAUUGGAGAGUGGAGAAUAUGGUUCUGUUGGGAGUAAAAAAUAUUUUGUUUCGCAUUGGGGUGUGGUUGACUAUCGUCAAUGGAAUUUUAUGUCAGUACAGAUCACAGUUCAAUCCCUCGAUUAUACAUGAUGCACGAUUGGAACCAAAAGUCGAUGGAACAUUUGGAUUUGCCUACAGAACAGAAGACGGUAUAUCUCACGCGGCUCAAGGAGAUCCCACUGGAUUUAUCCAAGGCAGUUACUCCUACAAAGAUCCAACUGGACUUAAAGUAAAUUUUAAUUAUUUUGCGGGGUCCAGAAAUGCUCCUUCUAACCCGGCUCCAAGAUAUCCAGAACCCAGUUAUAAUCAAGUACAAGAACAACCAGCGUAUGAUGACAGGCAAAUUGAAGAUGAUCGUCCAGUCGAACCAUACGUCCCAAGAACUAGACCUCCAUCUACUUAUUACAAUAAACCACAGAGUAAUUACCCAAGAUACACCAGCACCUCUAGAGAUAAUGAAGUUUACGAAGGUCAAGAACAAUACAGAGGAUAAUAUAUUUUUAAUAAUUUCAUAUUUGUUAAGUAUAAGUGCCAUUGUAAGUAACACUAAAAAUAGUUUUUACUGAAUAAAGAGAUGAAAUAGUUUUCUUUAAA